AUGUCGAGGUUUGAAGAAGAUCUCUCUGUCUCAAAGGGAAAACGGUCAUCGAUUGUCUCAGCAACUCUUUUUUGCCUGAAUGUGAAUAUCUCGGCCUAUGAAAACUCGGCAUCCAUCCAUGUCAACAUCAGGUCGCAGCUCUGGUCGUGGGAGAAGAGCUCCGAGCAGGGCUUCCUCAGCAGACCUCCAUCAGAGCCUGUUGGCGCUUCCCGCGUAUCCUUCCUCGACCUGCCAAAGCAUAUUCGUGAGAGGAUCUAUGACGAGGCUAAUGUGGGCGGUGACAAAUUCAUCGACCUCAACUUCUGGAACAUCAAGAACGAACACUGGCAGGACCAUGACGAUCAGCAACGGAUCGCUAUACCUGAUGGCCAGCCCUCACCCUUCUCUGAAGAACCCUUUCCUUGGGCACUUCUGCGGGCGGGCUCCCACCUCGUUCAUGAUGAGGUGCAGGCCAAGCUGUAUGCCCAGAAUGCCUUUGCCGUAAGCUUGUUGGGACCCCAAGGCCUGCUCCCGCUCGAGAUGCUGAGCAAUGCGGCGCUCAGAGAGCUGAGGGUGCUUAUCAUCGCCCUGAGCCCCUGCAGGUGUCUUACCCAUUACUGCUGCAAGAUGAACUGGUCUUACGGCGAAUGCAUCUUCUGGCCUAGGCCACGACGUGAUUUCUUCUGGGCUGCCCUUCGAGCCCUCACCGAGAGCCGCCAACACAGCAAGCCGCUCGGCUGUGUCAGCCGGACCGACAAGUCUAUCUUGAGCCAAUGGCGCCGAGUAUGUGCCCGCCUGGCAGCAAAUGCCCGGCCGUACCAGCUCAAGUUAUAUCUGGUGGCUGAGGUGGCCGACGACCAGACCCUGAAUGCCAUUGUUGGCCCACUGCGAAGCUUGCCCGUGCUUAGCGAGGCAGCCAUCAACCUUGGCCAUCAUCUGAAAGGCGUUGGGGCUCUCGAUCCCAAGGCACUGGCACGCAACACCGCGCUCUCCUUGACGGACAGGCUGCAGAAUCAGCCGUUCCGCUUCCUGGACCUGCCGCUCGAGCUGCAGAUGCAGAUCUUCCAGUACACUGAUCUGGUGGACAGCAGCAUGAUAGAGUGGGACCCAUCCGAGCGGUUUCGCGCCCGAGCCAUGAGGUCGAACUGCAGGACCAAGGACGAAGCAUCUUCUGGCGACUGGACGCCAUUCUGCUCUCUAGAGCAGACCGCUGCCUUCAGCCCCCGAUGCGAGUGCCGUGCGUCGCCGCUGGAGUAUUUCCUCGUCAGCAAGUCCUUUGCGGUGGCUGCCCGGUCCGUCUUGUACGCGUGCAACGAGUUCCGGCUCCUCCCCAGCCACUACGGCAACACGGGCAUGAUUGCCGGGUUCGACGCCCACGAGGACGAUGGCUACUACCAGCUGACCCUGCCGUCGUUCCUACGCCGCAUGCCGCCCCAGCACGUCGCGAGCCUCCGGCACCUUACCCUCGUCUUCCCUCCCCUGGCACCCGACUACCUCCUGCCGGACCAGCGCGGCUGGGGCGAGUGGGUCCGCGCCGUCGAGCGCCUGGCCGCGCGCCUGGAGGUGAAGCCGGCGCGCCUGAAGCUCCAAGUCCACCUCAGCGACCAGGAGCCCUUGCCCUGCGAGCUCCCCGCGGGGCCGGACACGCUGCUGCACCAGUCCAUGCGGGCGCGCAGGCGACGAGAUGAGACGCUGGAGGGGGUUAUGCUGGACACGUACAGGCGUAUCCUCGAGCCCCUGCAGAAGCUGGCACCUGGGCUCCGUGCCCUGCUCAUCUAUGUGGCGUGGCCGCUGUGCAGAACAGCGCAGGGGCAGCGCAAGGCGGACGAGGCCAUGCUCGAGAGGAUGAUCAUGGGCGAGGGGUAUGAUUCUGCAAAAUGGGGAAAGCGUGAGAGAAGCCCGUAUAGCCAACCGCCGCACGGUUUGUAA